ACCGCGGCAGUUUGUUUGCGUACGCGGUCAACUGUAGUCGACGUCUCUCGGCGAGGAUAUGCCGUUGCUGGUGGUCACAAACCAUUGCAAGUAUUGUUUACAUGAUUAUUUCGAUCGUCAUCGUAGGUAUUACGAAGUCCGGUGAAUCAACUUUUAGCGGUCAUUUCUUAUCGAGAUUUCAUAGGGCCGCCUGUACGUCGAAUUCGGACGUUAUCGCAGUCGUUCGUCGGAGCACGCGUAAUAUAAUAUUUUUAUAGUUCGCGCGCGGUUUUUUUUGAUUUUUUUCCGACCGUCGGAGAAUUUUCAUUCCGCAGCCAAACAAACAAGCAAACACGUCCGCGGUCUCCAGGACGUUCCCCACAUGCUAUAUUAUAAUAGCGGUGUUGUUUUCGAGACCCGUUAAAUUGUAUUAUUCUUAUCGUUUUCAUUAGCGUUUUACGACAUUUCAACGAAUUUUAAUUAAUCGAUCCCGAGUACCGCGCCGGUGUUCACGCAUAUACGCAAAAUUAUGUUGAUAUACCCGACGGCGGGCAGCGGGGCGAUCAGUAGCCGUAUGAACGCGUCGGGCCAAAAGGGCGGUCGGGCCGCGGCCAAGGGUGCUGUGCAGCGAAAAGCGGAGGCCAACAAGACCAAGAGCAGUAGCAAGCAGACGGUGCUGUGGAAGCACGCUGACGUCGAACAGGGAGUGGUCGUUGUCGAUGAGAAACAGUUAAUGCGGCUGGUUAAGACGGAACCCAUCGAGAACUAUUACCGACUGGACAGCGAACCAUUCGCCAAGGGUCAAUUCGCUUCAGUCAGACGGUGCACUUCGAUCGAAACGGGAGAAGUGUUUGCAGCCAAAUUCUCAAACCGUACGAGAUUCGGAGAAGACUGCAGUCCCGACAUCCAUCACGAAAUAGCUUUGCUGUCGCUGUGUUCGCCGUCGCCACGGAUAACCAAACUGCAUGAUGUGUUUCAAACGCCCAAACAGUUGAUCAUAGUCAUGGAAUACGCUCCGGGAGGUGAUCUUCAGAAAGUCAUCGAUGACGACAAUGUGCCAUUUGAAGCCGAUGCGGUCAAGUUCAUACACCACGUGGUCGAAGGUUUGGCGUACAUGCACCAGCGGAAAAUCGCUCACUUAGACAUCAAACCUCAAAAUUUGGUGUUAAUGGGUGUAUUCCCAACUUGCGACGUCAAGCUUUGUGAUUUCGAAAUAUCCCGAGUGAUUCUGGAGGGUACGGAAAUCCGAGAAAUCCUUGGCACACCUGACUACGUUGCUCCAGAGAUCCUCCAUUACGAACCAAUUACGUUGGCCGCAGACAUGUGGUCGCUUGGUGUGACUACUUACGCAUUGUUGACCGGGUUCAGUCCGUUCGGUGGCGACACGGACCAGGAGACGUUCUGCAACAUAUCAAAUGCAGACAUCGACUUCCCGGACGAGCUUUUUGAGGACGUGUCAGGGGAGGCGGUCGAUUUCAUUCGAAAGCUGUUGGUCAAAGAUCCCAGGGAGAGGCUGACAGCCAAAGAGUGUUUGAAACACCCGUGGCUGGCAAAUCUCCGCAAGUCUUCAUCCGGCAGUAGCCAUUCCGUGAACCAUCACCAGCAUCACCAACAAAAUUACCAUCAACAUCAACAGCCCCACCAACAACAACACCAACAGCCAUCGGUCACGAAACGCACUGGUUGCAAUACGUGUGCGGGCAUUACGCCAUCGACGGGUGCUAGACGUGGAGGUGGUGGACUGCAACCUUCAUACCUGUCCAAGUCUCGGGAAGCACUUUUCGAGCGGAUCGUGUCGAAGCACAUGCGGGAAAGUGACAUGAAGAGGUCAUCCAUGUUGCAUGAGUCUCAGUACGCGUCCAGUCGGAUGUGCGAGAGCCACACGUCACUGGUGUCGAGGUCACGGAAUGGCACCCGGACGUUCAGCAAGUCCAAAGAGAAGCUGUACGGGCUCAAGAGCCUGUCCCGGUCUCAAGACGUGCUGGACAUGUGCAAAAGCAUCAAGGACCUGAGCGAAGUGGACAAAAUAGCCACGGUCGGCAGCCUGCUGAUGAGUCUCACUGGUGUCUCUACGCUCCCCAACUCGUUGUGCUCGUCUACCACCAAUAUAUCCGUAUCGCAGAGCCACAUACCCGAGGGCUUAGUGUCAGAAGACGACAGAGAAAAUUGCACAACGAGAAACGGUGAUCGCGACAUCGAAACGGCUGUCACAACCACCUCUGCAGUAUUCAACACCACCAACACAAUCACCACCAGACCUGUCGACACCACUACCACGACCGCAACCACCACGACCACGGUAACCUCGACGCCGGACUACGCACCACGAUCCGGGUCUCCUGCCGGCAGUAGUACCAGCGGCACCAGCAGUGUAGAACACUUUUACCAUUCCGACGAAGAGCCUAGGUUUUCAGUAGCCCAGCUUGUCAAGGCGUUCGACACGCACCAGGAAGUAGUGACCAAACGGUCGCUGGAGGUAACCAUGAACCCAGUCGCCAAACUCGGGAUCACCCACACGACGACAGCAGUCGACCAGCUUACCGCGACAGAGUUUCCAACCGGACCGAACGCUCUGCGGCUGUUCAUACCCAACAUCGACAUAUGCGGGAGUGAAUCUGCGGCUGCCAAGAGAACUCGCGCAGCUGGUUGUGGAGGUGGUGGAGGUGUUGGUGGAGUGGACGCCCGAGACGGUUACGAGAGUGCUCGGAGCCCAAAUUCGGACAACCAUCGUAAACGGUCAAACGUGAACGACUGCACAGAAAACUGACCUGGGCACUACCACUGCGGUCCUCCCCAUAUUUAUUUUAAUUGCGUAUACAUAAUAUUAUACUAUAAUAUUUUAUAUUUGCUAGACUAUUUUUUUUUUAUAAAUAUUUUAACGUGUUAUUUUAUUAU